AGUGAAAGAAAAGGUGAGCCUACCACAGUCACGAAUAUAGCCCGGCGUUGGCCAUAUAAAAGGAAAAAGAACAGCACCAAGCGCCACUCAACCUCCUUGAAGACCCAUGAGCAGAUAGGUGCAGUCUCUCUCUCCUGGAUUUCAGGCACAAUGUUUGCGUUAUUGGUUUGCAUCCUGACACUGCAUGAAGUGUACACUGUGUGCAAUGUGGUAAAUAUUUGCCCAGACAGCACAGCAGUUCAGGCUGAGAUCCUUAACCAGCACAACGCCUUCCGGAGAGCGGUUACGCCAACUGCUAGAGACAUGCUCAAGAUGAACUGGAGCGAGGAGGCAGCGGCCAGUGCUCAGGCUUGGGUUGACACCUGCUCCAUGGCUCAUGGCCCACCCAGCAGUCGCAUGCUUGGCGACUACGAAAUGGGUGAGAACCUGUUCAUGUCCUCCGCUUCUAAGAACUGGACUCAAAUCGUUACAGCCUGGCACAGUGAGGUCAUAGACUACUCCUAUCCCAAUGGAUCUAUCAAUGGUAAAUCCAUCGGCCACUACACACAGGUGGUUUGGAACAGUUCAUACAAGGUUGGCUGUGGUGUGGCCCUGUGUCCUGGCUCAGUCUACUUCUAUGGAUGCCAGUAUUACAGAGCGGGAAACUACAAAGGAGUGGCUCCAUACAAGGAAGGAGCUACAUGUGCCGACUGCCCCAACUCCUGCGAAAAUAAGCUUUGCACCAAUCCCUGUCCUUACAUAAACAAGUAUGUCAAUUGUGCCGCCUUGAAAAAACAGGCCGGGUGCAGUAAUCCUUUGGUGUACGCCUGGUGCCCCGCCCUCUGCCUGUGCACCUCCAAAAUCAUCCCAAUAGCAAAGAAGUGAAACCACCAGACCUCUCCAAAAUGGUCCCCUGAAAGAUAACUUUGAAUGAUUCCUUUGUUGUUUCCUUGUCUAUGAGAAGAAGAAAAAAAAACAUAAAACCUGGUUGAUCUAUCUACUGUACUUCUGGUAAAGUCAGUUCAUUUGAAAAAUACUAACUAUCACUAAUAAUAUUUUAAUUAUCACUGUAGGUCUAAGGUACAGAUAAAACAUGAUUCUUAUUCUGGGGGUAACAUAAGGUGUAUAACCUACAGUAACUAAUGUUAGUUUGAAGCGUUGCAAUUGAUUUUGUUCCCUUUCAUUGGUUUCAAUGUCUUCAUACCCAUUUCACCAAAGAAAAUCCAUUUUUGAUUUGCAUGGACGUUGAAUAAGAAUAUCCUCUACAUUUUGAGAAGCAAUAUUUCCAUCAGUUACAGUAACAGUGAACAUGUUGAUCAUUUAGCUAAUUAACCAUACAGUAAUAUGGUUAUACAGAACUGCAAUACCUCAACACAUUUAACUUUAAGUUGAUUCAUGCUGCUCACCAUUUGCUCUAUCAACAUUAAAUGUUUGCACAUGACAGAAAUAUAUAACCCUUAUUAUUUUCCUUAAUCACAUUAAAUGAUCAUGAAGAUUAAUUCAUGGACUCUG